GUCACUCCAGUCAAAGCUUAAGUGACAGGUUCUACAUUACUAACAGGGAGAACAUGUGCUCUGAAUAUAAAUUCACUCAGAAUGUGCCAGGAACAAGUCAGGAGUAUCAGCACAUACUUUUAUGAUGCAGGGAGUUCCUUAAUAACACUGAUUUACGAGGAGUAAACUAAUGAACCCUUUUAAGGACAUCAUUUCAUGUGUGGAGCGAUGGAAAGUUACUAAGAAUUUUUACUCAAGUAGCUACUACUCAAGUUCAAUUUUGAGAGGCUUUCAUUUCAUGGUAUUUUGUGUUCAAAACAUUUUUGAUACUACUUCACUUUAUUCAUUUAUUUGACAGCUAGUUACAUUUCAGAUAAUCUCUACAUAAAACAUUAAAAAUCAGUUUAUAACAUUUGAUGUAUUAUAGAUUAGUUUGGUCUAGGCCCCAUACUGACUUAAAGUGAUACUUGUAAAAUAUAAAUACACCAUAAAACACCCACAGGAGCACAUUUGCCGCAUUAUGAGGACAUUUACUUUUGAUACUUCUAAGUACAUUUAGCUUAUUUUAUUGAGUGCAGGAGUUGUAUUUGUAUGACAGUACUGUGACAUUACUACAUUUACUUAGGUAAAUGACCUCACAAGUUCUUUCACACAGAGUGAUGGAUGGGGUGAAAGCACACGCGCUCAGGCAUGUGUUAGGGACGUCCCUGCUGUCACUGUCUGUCUGGCAUCAGCUCACGAGGGGUCAACAACAUCCCUUUUGAACUUAUUUUUGGAUAAACCUUCCUUGACAACAGACCUUGAGCAUGUAUUUCAUAAGUCAUAUAAGAAAACUUAAACAGUUAGUUUCUGUUUCAUAAACCCUAGGAAUACACUUCAGACUACAAUAUUGUUAACAGGGAAUAACACGUUAAUUGGCAUAAACUCGCAACAGCUGCGUCACUCCCAAAACAAUACAGUACACCACCCUUAUCCUAUAUGGCCCCGCCUCAACACCCAAGGGUACGCAUCCGGAACAUAACAGAGGCAAGGUGCCCCCACUGUGUAUGCUACUCCAGUAUAAAACAAACACCGUAGCAGUCAGACACGUCAAGCAUCCCGUGAGCGAGCAGCUUGGGGUCAGACCAUAGACUAGGGCCUAUAUAAAGGGUCAGACAGACGGGCGCACCAGGGCAUCAUCUGUACUCACAGUACCUCUUUUAGGACUGACACGGGAACACACGCAGUGAAACAGGGGGCGUCCUUUCCUGCUCGCACACUCUUUUGGUCAGAGAAUUUAAGAAGAGAAAUGGACUUCAUUCUGCCACCCUCUCUGCCAGAUGGUGGUAUCCCAUGGGAGAAGGUUUUACCACCUCUUAUUCCUCGGCUGAAUGGGAUUUAUGGAAAUUAUCAAUGGUCUCCAAAAUUACUGAUUCCAGAGAGUGAUAAAACCAGCUCUGCAGAGGUGAACUGUGACAACAGCGGUUUUAGAGUUCAAGUUGAUGUCAAGCUCUUCAACCCAGAGGACCUCCUGGUCAAAGUGACAGGAGACUUUGUGGAAGUGCAAGGAAAGCAUGAAGAAAAGAAGGAUGGUGCAGGAGUUUCAACACGGCAGUUCAACCGUCGCUACCGAAUCCCAAAGGGAGUGGACACCAUGGCUUUGGAGUCAGCGGUCUCUCCAGAAGGCAUCCUUAUUAUUUCUGCACCGAUGCUGCAAACAGAGGACUCCGGCAGACCGACAUAAUGCCUUAUAAUACCAAACACUAACAUUUCUGCCGUCUUCACCAUGUAUGAAAAUAAGUGCGACAUAAGCCUUUAAGAAACACAGGCUCAUACAGAAUAACUUGAGGCUCCUUCAGUCACAGCAACACUCAUGCAUGCACGUGCCAAAACGCCCAUGUGUUGUUCUUCCUGGCGCUGUUCUAAUAUUCCCUGCUCUCUUAGGUUUGUAUAUACCGCUCUGCUAUUACUCAUCAAUCUUACACGAUGUUUAAAAGAACCAGUCUUUGUAAAUAUUCUGCGUUCGUAGUUCAAUGUGCGCAACUUUUGUAAAGAAAAUCACUGUAUUGUUAUUAAUGAUGCACACAAAAACAUCUCCAAAAUCUUUAAUGUGGAAAUAUGUCUUCAAAAAUAAACUUUAUUUCUUUAUAAAAAAAAAAA